AUGUACGUAAGAAAAGAACCUGCGGUAGUACAAACAGCCCAACCCCAAAUUAGUCUCGGGACUGUGGAGCGAUUGGGUCCAGGAAGAAGAAUAUUUGGGAGGCUACGGGAAACUUCUUCCACAUGCGGCUGCAAGGCUUUUGCCAAUAACAGGAGCUCUCGGUUAGGUUCAGGUGGAAAUAGGGACCAUAAGAAAUCCAUAGGUGUACGGUCCCUUUCUGGUCUGCAAGCCCGCAACCGGCGAUAUUUUGAAAGAACGUUGCAUCAGACACUGGGACUAUACGUGUGUACCUUGAGGCAAGUCUUGCUAAGCACGCAUAACAUCGGCGUGAAAGAAGGCGAGGCCUCCUUCAUUGCUUCGAUCGAAGCUUGCUCAAAAAUCAUCGAUGAUGAACAAGUCUCAAUACGAACCAGUCAAUCACUUGCAUGGCAAAUCUGUCUCGGCAGGCAAGCGCGAUAG